AUGUCCUCUCAUGCCGAACGGCGGGCCCAGAGGCUCCGGAGUGCGGUCGUGAACGCCGUCUCUGCGAAGGAGUUCGAGAGGCUCCCGGGCCUGCUGAAGCAGAUUGCAGCGCUGACGCCAACAGCCAGUCUGUGGUGCGCCACCGGCAAUGGCCAUCUGGAGGCCGAUCGGCGUCUAUGGGGACUCGCCGGCACUAGGUGCCAGGUCAUGGGUCAGUUGUUGGCUAGCAAGUGGAAGAGCGCAGUCAAAGGCACGCAGAGGAAGAGAACGGCAGAGGACGUCAUGACCAAGCCGCUCGGUGGCCUCAAGGCGCUGCCGUUCCUGGAGGCCGUCCGUUCCAUCGAGUCGGCGCUGCCGGAGUACGUCCCCGGGGGCCUGGGCGAGACCGUCGUUCACCGGUGCGCUGUUGUUCUCGUCCUGCACUGUUUUCGCCAGGUGCUGCACGUGGAGGGCGUGGACAUCAAUGACCUCGACAGCCUGCACAUGGGCCCGGCGGAAAAGUCCAUGGCCAAGCACCUCGCGGAGUCCGUGGAGGCGCAUGCGAAGAGGAGGAGGAGCUUGAGGGCGUCCUCCUCGCUGAUCGGGCCGUCGUCUUCGUCGGCCACCCUGUCAUCGCAGGGCGCCAUUGCCCCUGCAGGCGGCCCGCCUGCUGCGGCCGCGGACGUGGCGGUGGAGCUGUCCAGCUUCAGCAGCGGCCAGUCGCGGGUCCGGCUGGGCGAGCUGUUCGCCGCGUGGGGCGCCGAUGGAGUAGGGGCCACGCUCACCCCGAAGCAGGCCGUGGAGAAGCUAGGUAUUGCGCGUGCGCAGGGUGGGCCGGUGCAGGAGUUGAUGCAGGCCAAGGCUGCUGCUCUGCGCCUCCAGGCUAAUCGUACGUGGCCCAUCUUCCGGAACCCCUACACUGCGGCCAACUACGUCGGCAGCGUCCUGUGGACUUGCGUGCAUUUGGGUUUGUCCACAGAAUGGUACACGGAGGCCGUCAAGCUCACGCUCAAAGGUGCGAAGAUGGUCCACGUUGCGGCCACUGGUGGCACGAAACGCGUAUCGCAAAUCAUGAACGAGACGGUCGUGAGCCAGCUUGUGAAGUUGGCGCAUUUCUCCGGCGAGGCGGAGGUGGGCAUCAUCUGGUUGCUGGCGUGGGAGUUUCUGCUGCGUGUUCAAAGUGAAGCGGUCGGCCUUCAAGCUGGUCAGGCAGCAGAGGCAGACAAGCUUCCAGAUGGCCGGCAUUCAGCCGUGUGGGUAGAGGACGGCCAGUAUUUGGUUCUCCGGCUAAGGAGGCGCAAGAACAGGCCUCAAGGCUCUGUCUUGCGCCGUGCGUGCACGUGCCGCAGCAGCUCGAUUGUCCCGUGCGUGGUCCACGCAGCAUGGCGCAUCCUGGCGAACAAAGCCCCAGGGGAUAGGCUCUGGGCAGGCACGCCGGCGGUGCUGUUGGCCAAGAUGCGCAGGUUGCUAGCGCAAUUGCGUGUCCAAGAGGCGGAGCAGUACACGUUCAAAGCCUUUAGGGCUGGCCGGGCCACGGCCUUGGCAGCCGCAGGAAAAAGCGUUGGCUCCAUACUCACAGCCGGCGAAUGGAGAUCUGCUGCCUUCCUGGCCUACGUGGACGAGGACAUCGUCGACAAGGCCCAGCUGCUCAACGCGGCCCUGGAGGAGUCCGGCGGCGAGCUGUGA